GUUAAACUAAAAUAAAAACAAAAAAUAUUUUGAGCAAAAAACCCAAAGGAUUUUCAUGUAAAUUUCUAAUCUACUUAAUUUAUAUGAUGAUGACCUCCAAGUCUGGGUCACCGCUACAAUAAUAUAUGUAAAUAAAAAGAUCAAAACCACAGUUGUUAAAUCAUUUUAAGUAAUAUUGUUGUUAGUGGUGUUGUGCAUAGUAGCUGCUAAUUUUUUUGUAUUAAGUUCAGUAAAGCGCAUGAUCGCUGCAGGCUUAUAAUAAUGGGCGAAAUAAAAGUAUACCGGCGAAAUGCUACAAUUUGGCUCGCGAGUCUUCUGCUGUGCGCUUUCGUACUAGAAACAUCAGCUUUAACCGCACAAAAAAGACCAGCAGACAUAAAUUAUAAUUCCGGUUCGAAAAGGCAGAAAACAAACGACAACCGCAUCAUGGACCCAGCUUUCGCGAACGCCGGAAAACAAGCAGGUCUGGAAAUCUGGAGAGUCGAGGACUUCAAACCUGUAGCUUACCCUAAAAAUGAUUAUGGUAAAUUUUACACUGGGGAUUCUUACAUUGUUUUAUUCACCAAAAUAAACAAAAACAACCAAAAAUCAUGGGACAUACAUUUCUGGUUGGGAACAGAAACAAGCCAGGACGAAGCCGGUGCAGCAGCGAUUUUAACGGUUCAACUCGAUGAACUUCUUGGUGGAGAUCCCGUCGAAUACAGAGAGGUGCAAGAGCACGAAUCCCAAUUGUUCCUCUCGCACUUUAAGAACGGCGUUAGGUACAUAGCCGGUGGUGUCCAAUCGGGCUUCACCCACGUCGAUAGAAACGCCUUCGAGAAACGUUUGUUCCAAGUCAAAGGUUCCAGAAAUAUUAGAGUCAAACAAGUGAACCCAAGUAUUUCCAGCAUGAACCGCGGCGACUGCUUUAUUCUCGACGUCGGAAAAGACAUCUACGUGUUCGUCGGCAAAAAAAGCAGGAACGUGGAGAAAUUGAAGGCCAUCGGAGCUGCCUCUCAAAUCAGAGACCAAGAUCACGCCGGCAAAGGCAAAAUCACCAUUGUGGACGAAUAUUCGCCCAUGAGCGACUUCGAGAACUUCUUCAAGGCUCUCGGCGAAGGCAGCCAACAACUGAUCCCCGACGAGACCGUUGGAGGUGACGACCAAACGUUCGAAACCAACGAAGCUAACAUCGUUACGUUGUACAAAGUAUCCGACGCGAGCGGCAAACUGCAAGUCACCCCGGUCGGCCAGAAACCUCUCAUGCAAGCUUACUUGGACACCAACGACUGCUUCAUUUUGGACACCGUAGAUGCCAACAUAUUCGUUUGGGUCGGCAAGAAGUGCAACGAUAAGGAACGCAGGGAGGCCAUGAGCAAAGCCGAGAACUACAUGACGUCCAAAAAAUACCCCAAGUGGACCAACAUCCAAAGGCUCGUUGAGGGUACCGAGACGACCGCUUUCACUCAGUACUUCAAGACGUGGAGGGGCGCCAACGAGAGGCGCGACAGAAUCGUCAGAUCGGUCAGCACCGACGCCGACUGGGAGCCAAGGUUGUUCCACGCCGAAAUUCGCACCACAGGGGGUAAAUUCAGGAUCGAGGAGGUACACCACUUCGACCAAAAGGACCUCAACGAAGACGACGUCAUGCUUUUGGACAACGGCUUGGAGUUGUACGUUUGGAUUGGCAACAGCGCCAGUCCUGAGGAAAAGGAGAAAUCGGAAACACUAUCCGAGACUUUUAUUAAAUCCUUGGGACGUGAUAAUGUCAAAACUAUCACAGUUUCUCAGGGAAACGAGCCGGAAGAAUUCAAAAAUGUAUUUCCAGCUUGGGACGCUGAUGUCUGGAACAAUGUGCCCAACUAUAGAGAUCUAGUUAAGAACUGAGACUGCUUUUGCAUUUAUAUGACAAAAAAUAUUUUCUUAACUCUAUUUGUUUGUUUGCUUAAGUCUGUUAUUUAGUAGAUAUAUAAUCUAACAUAUUAAUUAAAUGUUUUAAAGUUUAUACAAAAAUUUUAAUAUAGAA